AUGCGAUUUCUCGUGGUAAUCACGAGCUUGGCUGCCCUGGCACGCGCCCAGCUGCUGGGAAUACCGACCGUGCCAUUCGACAUCUCCUCUGACCAAACCUUCGACUUGAGCAAGGUCCACGCCGUUGUUGUCGACAUCGCCCACUCGUCAACCCGCAAUGAAGAUGGCCUCACCUUGAUUCCUCCUACCCUGUGGGGGUUUGCAGAGACAUUUCGAAACGAUCUGGCCGGCAUCGGAAUCAACACCGUCUUGCUCCCUGGAUCCAACGCCAUUAGAGAUUCCAUCUACCUCACGCUGGACCACGACAAGGCACAGUUUCUCAACGCCGCGGGAAAUAAGACUUCAGAGGGCUAUCGUCUUACCGUGACUUCUACAGGCGUGACUGUCAGCGGUGCCAGCCCCCUUGGAGCUUGGUGGGGGACGCGAACAAUCUUGCAGCAGGCGUUGAUCAACGACAAGAAGCUCAAGCUGGGGACGGGAAUCGACUCUCCUGGAUGGUCAGAGAGAGGCAUGAUGCAAAACGUCUUCCAUCUUCACCUCAGCGACCACGUCUGGGACCCCGCCAAGCUCGGCUCUCACGAGCUCGCCCUCCAGCUCUACGCGGCGUUUCGAGUCGGUUCUGCCGACCCAGAAGUUGCUGGCCUCGCCCGCCCCGUCAACGAGACAUACAGCCCGUCCGAGUUCGACAAGCUGCAGCAAAGUUGUGCUCGUCGUGGCGUGACCAUCCUGCCUGAGCUCGAGUCGCCGGGACACUCCAUGGCGACGACCGACUGGAGGCCCGAGAUUGCGCUCGCCGACUUUAGCAUGCUCAACCUGAGCCAUCCGGAGACGCUUCCCACGGUCAAGUCGUACUGGAAGGCCGUCAUCAACAACUUCCACUCCAAGGUUGUCCAUAUAGGGGCAGACGAAUACGACAGCAACUUCAUCAACGAGUACAGCACGUUUGUCAACGAGAUGAGCGCCUACAUCCGGUCCAUCUCUGGGAAGAGCACUCGCAUCUGGGGCACGUUCCCGCCCUCGUCAGCCCCUGGCGCCGUCAAUGUUGACAAGGACGUAACGAUCCAGCAUUGGCAGAUUGGCCAGGACAAUGGCCUCUUUGACUUUAUCGACAAGGGAUAUAGUAUCGUCAACAGCGACGACUACUUUUACCUCGAUCUCAAGUAUUCCGAUGGCAACGUGUACCCCAAGGAGCUCGAUAUCCAGCGUGUCUUUCAUGGCGCCCCCGACGGCAGUGCGUUUGCACCCAAUAUCCUAGACAAUGCCAACGCGACGAACAACCCUCCUCGAGAUAGCCCCAACGUGCUCGGCCACCUGGCUGUAGUAUGGAACGACUGGGGCCCCAAUGCGAGCACCUACCACGAGGCCUACUACAUGGUCCGCAACGGCUUGCCAGCUCUGGCUGACAAGCAAUGGGGUGGCUCGCUGCAGGAGAAGGACUACGCCAGCCUAUUCGCGACUCUGCAGCCAGCGGUGCCAGACCAGAACCUCGACCAGCGAAUUCCCUCCAAGGGCUCGACCAUUGUAUCGUACAGCUUCGGCCGCGGUAGCCUCUUGUCGGCGGUUGCUGUCCUCGAUGGCUCUGGAAACAACUAUCACGGGCAUCUCAAAAACGGCGCGUAUGUGAGCGGCGGUGCUCUGCAGCUCAAUGGCCGAGGAGCCCAUCUCAGGACUCCUCUGACAAGCAAGGGACGCAACUACACGCUUUCCUUCUCGGUGCUUCCCAAGGCUCAUGGUGGAACGCUCUUCUCUGGCCCGGACAGCAGCUUUCUCAACGGCAACGGCACGUCGACCAAACUUAUGCUCGUGUCCCAUAACAUUGCGUAUCCAGUCAACCUGACGUUGCCUCUCAAUGAAUGGAGCGACGUCACGGUUCAAGGCAUCGGUCCGCAGACGUUUAUUUCUGUGGGCAAGCAGCGCCAGGAGGUGACGAUCCUGAUGGGCAUUUGGGGAGGAUACAUGCAGGAGGGACCGAUGGCGAUUGAGGCGCCGAUUCAGACGAUUGGACAGGGCUUUAAUGGACAGAUGAAGGAUAUCAAGCUCUCAAGUGAAGUAUAA